GUAAGGCAAUACGAAAGUGCACGUUGACGAUGAGUCCAAUGCGACGAAUUCGUUUCCCGAAGCUUCGUGCGGGUGCUUCAAAAGUUAGUUGACUACAACAAAAUGACAAGUCCAGCAUCGUUUGCACAACGUAUCUAACUUGAAUAGCAUACAUUACGACACAACAACAAAACUGGGUUUCGUUGUCUGCUACUAUUUUGGCAACAAUGGCUGCCUCUCCGCCACAACAGCCUGGACGGCCGUCCUCUUCGUCUGGGCCGUCGUCGCUUACUUCCCUCUCUGCUUCCCCUUUCCGAUCCCAAUUGUUCGCCCAGGAAAUGAACAAUAGUGCCGCGUCGUGCAUAGAAGUUGGACUUUAUAGUCGAGCUGUAACGUCGCUAACGCGAGCUCUAUCGCUUUCUAGGAGGCAACAGCCACCGAGAGAAAGCGUGUGUACAUGUCAUAAUUGUAGUUUGGACGGAUGUAUCGUACGGUCAAKGGUUGUGGGUAGGGUAUCGGCAUCGUUAGGAGAAGAGGAUGAAAGCRCCAACGAAGAUGAUAGCACCAACGACAAUCAAAACGAACCAAACAAUUAUAUCAUAGGCGGAAGCUAUCUCACAAGAAAGCCUAUCCGAGUGGAGUGCCAGGGGCAUCUCAUGGGACCCGCGCUUUACCUCGUCAUAACGUUCAACCUCGCACUAACGAACCACCUCAUGGCACUGAGCACCCACACCACACCCGAACGAUCCAAGAGGGCCAACAAGGCCCUGGAACUGUACAAACUUACAUAUGAAAUGCAAGCAAAUAUCCUGCACCACGAAAGCGAGAAGGAUCCACCGCUAGCGUCGCCAGCUUUUGCAGCUUCCAUACGGAGCAUCCGGUUCGAAAUGAUGAUUCUCAAUAACACAAGCCAGGUCCACAAAAAACUUACCAGGAAUCCGGUUGAGCAUCAACAGUGUCUGCGCCGGUUGUUAUCGACCAUGAUGAUUGUGGUGGACCACCAUGUACGGAUUGCCACAGCCGAGGGGGCGGUUCCGAUUGAUCCGAUAUGGCAGAUCGACAUGGACGGAUUUCUAAAAAAUACAAUUUAUUUGAUCCUUGGAAAUAUAUACACCUCGGGAGUUGCCUGAGGAAGAAUAGUAUCGGUAAUUUUCUUUGCUAAUGAUGGUGGUUCUGCAAGCCGUGUUAUUGCGUGGAGAAAGAUAAACGUUCCAUAAUCUU